CCACAACAUCGCAGUUGACGCGAUUAAAAUGUCGAAAUUCAAAGUGUAGGUUGUCAAUCAAAAUAAUUCAUCACAUUCAGUUAAGGCAUCAAGUACGUAAUUAUCCUUGAAGUUGAUGGUCAGAAAUAAUUACGUGGAAAAUACAAUAAAGUUGCAUUUGCAACUAUUUGUGCAUCGAUGCGUUGAAUCACAAUCCCAGCUGAGAUUUGUGUUUACCUUUGUGUGUUUGUUGGUGCUGGCAAAUAAAUGUUAAACUGACACACUAAAUCAUAGUUAAGAUUUCACGCGAUUUUCCACAUGAAAUUGACAGUUUUUUUAAUUAUAUAUAAAUUAAAAAAUGGUUUUAUAGAUCUGUCUCAUAAAUAAAAUAAAAAAUAAAAAAUUUACUGAAGAAUGGAACAAUAGCAUUGGAUAUAUAAGAUACAGUUUGGCCUCGUUUGUUCGUAUGUAGCAGCAGAUACCAAGCAGUUUUAUUGCCAGCUGCUACAAGUUUUCAUCAACUUGUAGAUUCAACUUGUGAAAUAUCAUCAACUUUGUAAACUGCCUGAAACGUUGUUCAUUUUUAAUUACUGCCACAUCAUGCCUAAUAGUGAGAAAGUCACAAAAAAUGAUUCUGAUAAUGAUCAGAACAUUUCGGAAGCCUCUGGAUCCAUUUCCAAUAAUAUACCUACUAACAGAAUUGGAAAUUCAGAUGAUAGCUUAGAAAAAGUCAAAGAUUUUAUGUUGGAUGGUUGGGUAGCAGCAGCCUCACCACCAAAAUUUGUUUCUCUUGAAGAAAUAAUGAAAGCUGCUAAGGGCAUGCAAAAUAUGGCAUUAGCACAUGAAAUAGCUGUUGAUGGAAAUUUUAAGAUAGAUAAGCUAGAUCCUGAUGGAAACCCAUUGCGCAAGAAACUGAAGGAAAUGGUACACAAAGCAUUUUGGGAUAUACUAUCUGAGGAAUUGUCUCAAGAUCCGCCAGUUUAUGAUCAAGCUUUGAGGUUGUUAAGUGAAAUUAAAGAAUCAUUAGAUGAAUUAUUACUUCCUCAUAAUGCUAAAACAAAGGAAGCAGUAAAUCAAGUUCUUGAUAUAGAACUUAUCAAGCAACAAGCUGAAAAAGGAGUUCUGGAUUUUUCUCAUUAUGCUCAGUACGUUAUCAAUUUAAUGGCCAAAAUAUGUGCACCUGUCAGAGAUGAAAAAAUAGAAGAAUUGAAAAAAUGUACAGAUGUAAUUGAAACUUUCAAAGGAAUUAUGGAAGUAAUCCAGUUGAUGAAAUUGGAUUUAGCCAAUUUCACUAUUAGUAUGAUCAGACCAAACAUUAUUGCUUCCAGUAUAGAAUACGAAAAAAAAAAAUUUGCAGAGUUUCUAAAGAUUCAAGCAGAUGGACUUCAUUAUACAAGAAUCUGGUUAUUGAAUCAUUUAAGUCAAGAAAUUAUAAACUCCGCUUCUAGCGAUCUCAACUCCAUUAAACAAAUGACACAUUCCAUUUUAGCUAAUGCUUAUUUGGAUUUAUUAGAAUUUGAUUCUAGUCCUAAUGCAGAAACUCUUAUGUUGGAUCAAGGAAGACUUCUAGAUUUACGCAAUAAAACCUGUAGACUAGUGGCUGAAGGUUCUAUUUUGAUCCUCUUAAAGCCAUUACAAGUUCAUUUGACAGAUCAACAAAUAACAGAAAUGAGAGAACACAUAACAAUAUUACUUAAUUCAGUUACAUCAAAUAAAGAUCUUGAAACAGUUAUGAAAGAUAUCAUUGUACAGGUGGAAGCAGAUCUUGUAAAAUCACAAGUAGAUAUGGUAAAUAACAAGAUAACUUUUGAAUACAUAAAAAAUCAAUUAUUAGACCUCCAUAAAUCAGAUAACAGGAUUCGUCAACUAGUUGCAUCAAGAACACGACAAUUUUUAUAUAAUGUCAUAACAUCGCAAUCUUCAGCUCCUCAACAAAUCCCACCAGGUUUGUCGUGUCUUCGAGAAGGGCUCACUAAAAUAGCAGCUCAGUUGGCUAUACUUUUUGCUCAUAACAGGAGCGUGUUUGGAGACUAUUAUACGGAAAUAGUUGCUGCAGCUGUUAACGAAAAAAAUUUAACUGCAAAUCAUAAUUAGCAAUAAAAUUGAAUGAAAACUUUUUAAAGCUGCUACAAUAGACUAGUAGACAAAUAUAUAUUUAUAAAUAUAUAAUGUUGAAAAGUGUUCUAAAUCGUGGACUUUUUCAUGUAGAAAAUACGUGCGUCAAAAAAUUGUACAAAAUUUAAUGAAUUGAAAAAAUCAACUUUAUUUAUAGUUCGAUCGAAUCUUAUUAUUUGUUUUUGUACUCCGUUUGAUUAUUUCAAACCCAUAACGUUGAAAUAAUUUAGAAAAGCAUAUUUUUAAAAACGGCAAGGUAUCAUUCGUACACAUGAAACUUGUACACGGGCAUUUCUAUAAACGAGUCAAAUGUGUCCAAUAUUUGUACACACAAUCGAACUUUUUUUUUAAUUCAAAAAAUUACGAUUACGAUUAUUUUUUUUAAGUUUUUGAAUUUAAAAAAAAGUUCGAUUUUCUCUACAAAUAUUGGACACAUUUUACUCAUGUACAGAAAUGCCUGUGUACAAGUUUCAUGUGUACAAAUGAUACCUUGCCUUAAAAACUUGUUAAUAAUAAACAAAAUUAAUCAUUAUAUACUUACAUGUAUUAAUAUGAUUUUGAAUUAUUGAAACAUAAAAAUUCUAAUUGAAAUAAAUUUUAUUUAAGAUUAGUAUUAUUGCAAUAAUUUGCAAUCAUUUUGACAGAUGAUAAUUUAUAAAAAUUAUUAAAAAGGUAUUGAACAAAUGAA